AACCUUGUUAUUUCUUCACUAAUUUACUACCCUAAGCCAAAACCUCUUUGUCUUUUCAGUUCUUCACAAAUUUAUUGUUUCUUUGUCUAAACGAUAUAAAAGCCUCCUGCUUUGGUCACCUCUCUGAGUCUCAUGUUUUUAUGGGGAUCCCAUACAUACAAAAUUAAAUUUAUUUUUCUCCUGUUAAUCUGUCUUAUGUCAAUUUAAUUAUUAGACCAGCCAAAGAAUCUAGAAGGGAAGAAGGGAAAUUGUUUCCACCCCUUUACAGGGGUCCUGUUGGGCAGAUUGCCGAGCGAGUGCUGAUUAGGCAACUCCUGAUCGAGUGGUUUAAGAUUCCAUUUCUGGGAUAGCCAAAACUAUAAGUCUAGGUUUGGAGAAGUGAGGCUUAGCCUAAGUGGCUCCAUUUGGGUCCUAUUGUCUUCUUUUUAACAACGGAUAACACAGACUUAAUGGUUAUUGUUAUUUUAUUACUGAUAUUUUUCAAACAUGAAAAGUCUAAUGAAGUUCAUACUAUGAAUAACACAACUGACAAGGAAAUUUAGCUCUUUCUGUGCACAAAGACAAAAAUAGCCUGUUCCCCCAGCUCCCCCAACCUCAGCCAUAUAGACAACCCACCCAGGAACGAGGCCCUGAGGUUCCAUGGAUUCAGCCACAAGAAGGAGAGGGGGCGGGAAGAUGUCCAAAUCCAGCCCCCAGCUAAAGCAAAUAAUAAUAGCUUGAAGCUUAAAACAGAUCCAGGGAGGAGCUCAUUAACAUGGCAUUCGACACAGUUCAGCACCUCUGGCGUUUCUUAUUUUGAAAAUUGCUUUAGUCCAUUUGUACUUCCUUCUAUUCAUCAGACAACAAAAUGCAAACCUUUACUAAUAUAUUCACAUCUGACAAUGAACUCAUUUAGACUGGCCAAAAUAAUUGUUCAACAGGAACACAGGACUUCAACCUCAGUUCAGAAAAUCCCUGCAUCUGACGUAGGAGGAUUUAUAGGUUUAGUGGAAAUUGCUUUCUCCUGCUCUCCAGAUUACAUACUGUGGGUUGAUUUUUUUUGCAUGAGUAAACAUCCUUCUAAUAAUGAACAGUCCAAUAAUGGCUUAAGAGAGUAAAAGAACAUCCUUUCCUCUUUGCUGUUUCUUGAGUGAACAGUUUGGGUUUGGAAACCCAUGUUGGCUGUCCGGAAUAUGAAAGUUGGCAUCUUCCUUUUGUGGUGGGGAUGGGUUUCGGCCACUGAAAGCAGAGUGCACUGGAAAGAAAGAGAAGCACCCGAGAUGCCUAAGAAAGGCAGACCUCAGGCAUCAAGGAACAGACCAAAAGUACACAAAGAUGUCCACCAGCAAGUAUCCCCAAUUCUGAAACGAAGCCCUGACAUCACCAAAUCGCCACUGACAAAGUCAGAGCAGCUUCUGAGGAUAGAUGACCACGAUUUCAGCAUGAGGCCUGGCUUUGGAGGCCCGGCCAUUCCUGUGGGUGUGGACGUGCAGGUGGAGAGCUUGGACAGCAUCUCAGAGGUCGACAUGGACUUCACGAUGACCCUCUACCUGAGGCACUACUGGAAGGACGAGAGGCUGUCCUUCCCGAGCUCCAACAACCUCAGCAUGACAUUUGACGGACGGCUGGUGAAGAAGAUUUGGGUCCCCGACAUGUUUUUCGUGCACUCCAAGCGCUCCUUCAUCCACGACACCACCACGGACAACGUCAUGCUGCGGGUCCAGCCCGACGGGAAGGUGCUGUACAGCCUCAGGGUGACAGUGACUGCGAUGUGCAACAUGGACUUCAGCCGAUUUCCCCUGGACACACAAACGUGCUCGCUUGAAAUUGAAAGCUAUGCCUACACAGAAGAUGACCUCAUGCUGUACUGGAAAAAAGGCAACGACUCCUUAAAGACAGAUGAGCGGAUCUCGCUCUCCCAGUUCCUCAUUCAAGAGUUCCACACCACCACUAAACUCGCCUUCUACAGCAGCACAGGCUGGUACAACCGUCUGUACAUUAACUUCACGUUGCGUCGCCACAUCUUCUUCUUCUUGCUCCAAACUUACUUUCCUGCUACCUUGAUGGUCAUGCUGUCCUGGGUGUCCUUCUGGAUCGACCGCAGAGCAGUGCCUGCCAGAGUCCCCUUAGGUAUCACCACGGUGCUGACCAUGUCCACCAUCAUCACGGGCGUGAACGCCUCCAUGCCCCGCGUGUCCUACAUCAAGGCCGUGGACAUCUACCUGUGGGUCAGCUUUGUGUUCGUGUUCCUCUCCGUGCUGGAGUACGCGGCUGUCAACUACCUGACCACGGUGCAGGAGCGGAAGGAACGGAAGCUGCGAGAGAAGCUCCCCUGCACCUGUGGAUUACCGCAGCCACGUGCUGUCAUGCUGGAUGGCAGCUACAGCGAUGGGGAGGUGAAUGACCUGGGCAACUACAUGCCUGAGAAUGGAGAGAAGCCAGACAGGAUGAUGGUGCAGCUGACCCUAGCAGCAGAGAGGAGCUCCCCGCAGAGGAAAAAUCAGAGGAGCAGCUACGUGAGCAUGAGGAUCGACACCCAUGCCAUCGAUAAAUACUCCAGGAUAAUUUUUCCAGCAGCAUACAUUUUAUUCAAUUUAAUAUACUGGUCUAUUUUCUCAUAAAUGCCUGUAAUUCUAUACAUUUCACAUUCUUCUGUAUGUACUACAGAAAUACCUGAUGAAAAAUAAUUUAAGGUUAUGAUGAAAAGUUCCCAGUACCCACCCUUCUCCACCUUUCCAAAAAUACAUUGACAAGACACUUA